GGCUUAUGAAUCAUUAAUUACUGCUGUCACAUACUUUCCUGGAGAUGCUACUAUUGAAAGUUUGAGGCCUGUUCUUCAAGCACAAGAGCAAAGAAACAUCUUGUUUAGCUCGGAGGAUCCACCCAUCAUGCACCAGGCAUAUGCGGUUGCCCACGGGGGACCUCCAUCAGAUUGUGGGGGUGCUGCCCGAGGCCAGGGGGCAGGUUUCAUGGAAACCGAGGUAAUAGGAGAGUCCGAACUCGUGGACAGCGGGGACGUGGAUAUGGUCAGAAUUUUCAGAAUCAACAAGGCAAUUACGUCUAGAAUUUUCCACCGGCACAACCCGGUUAUGCUCACGGCCAACAACCUAAUGGAGCUCCCCGUGGUCAAUUUCAGCCGGGAAACUCAGGUCAUUCGGCUCUUACAUGUUCUCGGUUUCUGGCUAUGUCGACCCCAGCUCUGGCUGCUAUUCCU